AUGAGCUCCCAGAUUUGUCAGCACUAUUCUACCAAAGUGGAGGCAGCUGUCAACUGCCUGGUCAAUUUGCAUCUGUGGGCUUCCUACACCUACCUCUCUCUGGGCUUCUAUUUCCACCGCAAUGAUGUGGAUCUGGAAGGCGUGUGCCAGUUCUUCCACAAAUUGCCCAAGGAGAAGCACAAGGGCGCUGAGCGUCCCUUGCAAAUGCAAAACCAGUGUGGCGGCCGCACUGUCUUCCAGGACAUCCAGAAGCCAUGUUAAGAUGAAUGGGGUAAAACCCUGGGCGCGAUGGAAGUCGCUCUGGCCCUGGAGAAGAACCUGAACCGGGCAUUUUUGGAUCUUCAUGCUUUGGGUUCCGCCUGCACAGACCACCAUCUCUGUGACUUCCUGGAGAGCCACUUCCUAGAUGAAGAAGUGAAACUCAUCAAGAAGAUAGGUGACCACCUGACCAACCUCUGCAGGCUGGCCAGCCUCCAGGCCAGGCCGGGCGAAAAGGUUCACUCUCAGGCACAAUCAGGAGCCUACCGAACCCAGUGACAUCUGAAGAGCCCCGCUCUGCCUGAGCCUUUCCCUCCAGCUACUAGGCAGCUUUUUUUAAGCAACCCUAGAACCCUCUCCCAAGCCUUAGACCAAAUG